ACACACUUGACCGUAUGUACCUCGCCACUCGCCCCAUCUGACUACUUCUCUUCGCUAAUGUUGGCUACUUUUAUUCCAACAGGUAUUUCCUCAGCAGCUAAGGCAUGUCCUCAGAUGAAGAUACUCCUCUUGGUACUUUGGCAAGCACGAGCGGGUCGAAACAUGUCGCCACUAACGGCAAUAGCUCUCUCAAUGGCUUCGCGGACGGCUCUUCCAUGAGUGAGGACGAGAUGCCCUUGUCGCAGGUCAGUGUUCAGGCGCCCGUACGCCCGCUGCGACGGAAACGGGAUGCAGGUGAUGCAUCCGACAGUAGUGACGACGAUAUUCCUCUCGCGUCGUCUUCGCCCGCUAAACCGACCGUGUCAGUUACUACGCAAGUGGCUACUACACCGAAAACAAUUUCGGACCAGUCGAAGCAGACCAAUGGGAAAGCCAAAGGCAAGGUCAAGGCCCCUCCCAAAAAGAGAAUUAAGCGGGAGCCGAAGUCGGAGGCGCCGGAGUCAUCUGCUUCGGAAGACGAGCGCCCCCCACCCAAGAAGCGGUCGAGGACAAAAGUCAAGACCGAGAAUAACGUCGACGGUGCUAUCUUAGGUGAUGAGGAGGCUAAACCAAAGCGGAGGAGUGCCGUCAAGAAAGAGGCAAAGAAGGAGGAUUCUGGUACCCCCCGGCCAAAUCACUCGAAGAAAGGAGAGGAAAACGAUGAGGCGGAGGAAGAAGAAGAAAAAUAUCGAUGGUGGGAAGCUCAGCAAGAGAACGACGGUGAGGAGAAGUGGCAGACUUUAGAGCACAGUGGCGUGAUAUUCCCGCCACCCUAUGAGCCAUUGCCGUCCCACGUGAAGAUGGUGUACAAAGGCAAGGAAGUGGACCUUCCUCCUGAAUCCGAGGAGGUCGCUGGUUUCUAUGGUGCGAUGCUGGAGACGGAUCAUGCGAAGGACAAGACCUUCAAUAAGAAUUUCUUUGAAGAUUGGUUAAAGGUGUUAAAGGAGUACCCUCCCCGCAAUGGUAUCAAAAUUACGGACUUCGACUUGUGUGAUUUUAGGCCAAUGUACGAAUAUUUCGAGGCGGAGAAGGCAAAGAAGAAGGCUCUCAGCGCUGCAGAGAAGAAAGAGCUAAAGAAACAGAAGGACGCAAUGGAGGAGAAAUAUACCUACUGCGUCCUCGAUGGUCGCAAGGAGAAGGUGGGAAAUUUCAGAGUAGAACCACCGGGGUUAUUCCGUGGUCGUGGUGACCACCCGAAAAAGGGCGCUUUGAAGUUUCGCGUACGACCGGAGGACAUCACCCUCAAUAUUGGCGAAGGCGUUCCGAUUCCUGUGCCGAACAUGUCCGGUAACUGGAAAGCAGUAGUGCACGACAAGACCGUUACUUGGCUUGCCAACUGGGUGGAGAAUGUCAACGGAAGCUAUAAAUACGUUUUCCUAGCCGCCGGCAGUUCACUGAAGGGUCAAAGUGACAUGUCGAAGUUUGAGAAGGCUCGAGAGCUGAAGAAAUAUGUUGAUAGAAUUCGCCUAGACUACACGGCUGAUCUGAAGAAUAAAGUCAUGGCUGAUAGACAGCGAGCAACCGCGAUGUACUUCAUCGACCGACUGGCUCUUCGUGCUGGCAAUGAGAAAGGAGAAGACGAAGCAGAUACUGUCGGUUGUUGUUCGUUGCGCUGCGAGCAUGUAACGCUGGAGGCACCAAAUUUCAUUAUCUUUGACUUCCUCGGUAAAGAUUCUAUUCGAUACUAUAAUCGGGUACCGGUGGAUGCUCAGGUCUUCAAGAACAUCCGGCUAUUUAAGGAGAACAAGGGGGACGACGACAACUUAUUUGACCGCGUCAAUACCACACACCUUAACAAGCACUUGCAAUCGUACAUGAAAGGGUUAACGGCUAAGGUGUUCCGUACCUAUAACGCGUCCAUAACUUUCCAGCAACAGUUGGACGAGGGUACACCAAAGGACGCAACUACGCAGGAGAAGUUGAAUGCGUACAACCACGCUAAUCGCAUGGUUGCCAUUCUUUGUAACCAUCAACGGAGUGUACCCAAGACUCACGAGCAAUCUAUGGGCAAGAUGCGUGAUAGACUUCGUGCUCUUAAGUAUGACCACAUGAAACUGCGCCACGUUCUCUUCAACCUGGAUUCGAAAUACCGGAAGAUGAAGCAGUACGCUGACGAUGAAUCUGAUUUGGAUGACGAGUGGAUUGUGGAGCAUGAGGAAUCUUUGAAGAAGAAAGAAAUAGAGAAGGUGGAAAAGAAGUUUGCGAAGGAUAAUGAGAAGUCGGUUGAGGAAGGUAACAAGCCUCAGGACGAAUCCGUCCUCCGGGAGAAGAUAGCAGCCAUUGAGGUGGAAUUCAAGCGAAUCGCUAAGGAACGAGGAACCGGAAGAGCCUCACUAAAGAGGGAACGUCCUGCGGAAAGAAUUGAGGAGAGUAUACAGAAGUUAGACGAGAAGAUCAAGACAUUCAAAUUACAGAUGGACGACCGGGAAGCGGGCAAAGAGGUCGCCCUGGGUACCAGUAAGAUUAACUAUCUCGAUCCUCGGAUUACCGCAGCGUGGUGCAAAAUCCACAAUGUCCCUAUAGAGAAGAUAUUCUCGAAGACUCUGCUAACCAAAUUCCCGUGGGCCAUGGAAGCAGAGUCCGACUGGAAGUUCUGAUUCGACUCCUGGGUGAAUAUUAUCAUUAUUCUGCAUGUGGCUGCCAAUACCAUGGAGUAGAAGAGAACGGACUUGAUUUAUAUUUUGUUGCAUAGAGACGUAUAUAAACCAGAUAUAUAUUUCAGUAAUGUGAAUGUGAGCG